AAAGCAGCAGCUGUUGUCACAUUCCUGUAUUUUCGCUGAUUUUCUGCCUCUACUUCUGCGUUAUCGACGAUGGCUCAGGCCGGAGUGGUCCUGGACAAGGACCAGUUUAACUGCCCGAUAUGUCUGGAUGUAAUGAAGGACCCUGUGACCAUCCCCUGUGGACACAGUUACUGCUGUGAAUGUAUCCAGGACUACUGGGACCAGGACGACUACCUGGGGAUCUUCGUCUGUCCGCAGUGCCGGCAGAACUUCAGCCCGAGGCCGGCGCUUGCCAGAAACACCAUGCUGGCUGAUGUGGUAGAGAAAUUCAAAAAGACCGGACUCCAAGAGGACACGAUGUCCGCGAACCAAAGCUUUGCCGAGGCUGACGACGUGGAGUGCGACGUCUGUACCGGGAGGAAAAACAAGGCUGUCAAAUCCUGUCUGGUGUGUUUGGCCUCCUACUGCGACGUUCACGUCCAGCCUCACUAUGAGUCUGCCGCUUUCAAGAAACACAAGCUGGUGUCGGCCUCCAAAAAGCUCCAGGAGACGAUUUGUCCCCGACAUGACAAGCUGCUGGAGGUGUACUGCCGCACCGACAAACAGUGCAUCUGUUACCUGUGCCUGACAGAUGAACACAAAGGGCACGACACGGUCCUAGCUGAGGCGGAGAUACAGCAGAAGCAGCGGCAGCUCGGUGACAUGAAGCAGAGCUCUCAGCUGAAAAUUCAGCUCAGAGAAAAGGAGGCACAGGAGCUGAGACAAGCCAUUUUCUCUCUCACUCGCUCUGCUCGGGCAGCAUCUGAAGAAAGCGACACCGUCUUCACUGAACUGAUUCGGUCGAUCGAGCUGAAACGUUUUGAGGUGAGAGAGCUGAUCAAAGCGCAGGAAAAGACAGCCAUCAGUCAGGCUGAGCAGCUGCUGGACAAGAUCCAGAAGGAGAUCACUGAGCUGAAGAAGAGUGAGGCUGAACUGGAAAAACUUUCCCACACUGAGGACCACGUCCAUUUCCUUCAGAGUUGUCAGUCUCUCCGUGCUCCACCUGUGCUGUCAGCUUUGCCUUCAGUCACCGUUGACCCCAACCUCACCUUUGGCCCAGUGAUGACAGCUGUGUCAGAUUUUAAAGUACUGUUGCAGGAGGUCUGCCAGGGAGGAUUUGUCAACAUCUACGAGAAAGUGAGGGACGUAGUGAUUGUAGGUUCUUCAAAUGCUGCUGCACAGAUAGACACAACCCUGUCUGGUGAUUCUGGAUCAGCCGUACAAAUGGAUGCAACAGUAGUGGGCCCUCCACUUUGCCUCAACCCUUUCCUCACUCAGGGAGCUGCUCUGCCCACGUUUGCCUUCUCACCAUUUGGCACCAAACUCUCCUCAGGAUCCAGAUCGAGGCACCUUCAGCGACGCGCUCACCCCAGGAGGAAAUAGACUUCUACCAGCAUUUCACAUGCACCUACACGGCCUGAAUGUCAUUUUACUUAACUACUCUCCCCUCCUUUUCCUCUCACAAAUAUGUACUGACACGCAUGAAUUAUUAUCAUCUUUUGACAUUCAUUUAAGUUAAGUUUUCACCAAUAAGCUAUACUUGCAUCUUGCAGUAUAGUGCAGGUGGAAAAGAGAUGAAGAAAGCAUUUGUAAGCUGAAGACCAAUCAAUGACAAUGCAUUUAAUUUAAGUAUUAAGCAGCACAAAUCCGGAUUUAACUCGCUAUAUCUUACUUCAGUACUUGCAAGGAAAUUGCUUUGAAAUGUAUUAAAGUUUUAGUUUUGAUUAAGCUAUGCUUUUAUAAACAUUUUUCAUUUUUUUAACCUCUGUUAACAAUCAUUUUGCUUGACAUGUGUGUAAUAAUAUAUUGUGAUUUAUGACAUUCUGACAUUAAAAAGCA